AUGAAUUCAAAUAUGUCAAAUACAUAUUCAAUCAAUAUUCCAAAAUUAGAGAUAAUCAUUAUCAUAAAUCUUUACCUCUUUAUAUUGAACUCUGAACAAAAAGAUAUCGAUUUCAAAAGAACAGAGUUCACUUGUGAAAAUGAAUUGGCACUCUACCACCUACCAAUAUCCCCUAAAAGAUUGGAUAGAAUAUUAAUCCCUUACAAGGAUUUCGCCGAGUUGUCCGCUGCUCUAGUAAAAGUUUUCGGUUGUAAGAUUGAUGCUGACUCACUAUAUGCCAAGUUUUCACACCAAGUAGUAUACGAUCCAAAAUGGUCAAUCACCAGCUUCAACAUGUCUUUCAACCGCCUUGCCAGAAUUAUGAAUAUGGGUGAAGCCAUCAACGUCCGCAUGUAUAAAGCUGCAUUCAUCAACCUGGGCGAGAUCCGUACCCGUUUGAGUGAGUUUACCGAUCUCUCACAAUGCCUUCGCAAAGCUGAGGAGUUGUUCGCAUUCCAUUAUUCAGCUAAGAACGUGAACCAAUCCCAUCUCGAGAAACUUGACGUUGCUGAUCCAUGUGGUUGGAUUGACAAGCACUUCCCUGGUUUUGCUAACAAGUCGGUUGGUCAAACCACACAUCACGUUUCUAAGCCCAGCUUUAAGUGUUUCAAUUGUGGUCUCCCUGGUCACAAAUCUUUUGAAUGUCGCAAGCCUCGUGGCCCAUAUCACCGCGAUAAACGUGAUAGAUUCAGACAUUCAGAUCGUCGUUCAGAUAGUCGCUCUGACAGACCCAAACACUCAGAUCGCCCUAGUUCUGGUGAUAAAAACCCGUACAUAAAUAAAAUGGUCGGCUCUGUCGAUACGUCUUCUUUACCAUACGUUCCUAUUUUUGUCAAUGGAAUUACCAAAGACGCUAAGCUUGACACUGGUUCUGAGAUUAAUCUACUUUCUAGAACCGUUUGGAAUAAUCUUAAGUUGGCCACACCCCUCACUCCUGCAUGCAUUAAUAUAUGUGGUGUCAAUGGUACCCCCACACGUGCAGAUGGUAUGGUCUCAUUGCUUGUAGGUUUCACCACCGUUAAAGGUCACCGUGUCCAUAUUCCAAUGGAUUUUAUCAUUGCGGAUGUGGACCCUAAAGUAUGUAUCAUCGGUGUAGAUUCACUAGCCAAACUAGAUUUUAGAAUUGUCGAUAAUACACUCACUAUUUCUAAUAAUAUAGUUAAAACAUUCAGAAGAGGUACCACUAAUCAUAGUGCGCUUCGCAACAACAUCGAUUUUCAUGUAUCUGGACGUAAAAGGAAAUCUGCUUUGAAAUGUUUAUUUGCGUCAACUCAGAAAUGUGACAUUUUGCACGAAAUUACAAAAAUUUGUCACCAAAUCCACGUCACCAAGGAAAAAUUAAAAACUGAUUUUGAAAAUUUCCAUUUUGGGAAUUUCAAUAAGUUUGGGUACUCUCCUAUGACCAUGGCCACCCUUAAUCCAAGUAAUCCAACUAACGCUGGCAUCGAGCAUAUUAACACCGCUGAUAUUGCUGAUAGUUACUUGGUAUGGAUUGACCCUGAUGACGUGAAGACUCCACUGCCGACAGCCACUACUCUUACUGCGAACGCCACCGCUACUUCGGCAGAUGGUCUUGAUGGUGUUCGAGAGGACAUCAUUAACAUGUUGAAAAGCGAUUUCCAGGAUGUGGUAUCUCCAAUGACUUCACCACCACCAUUCCGAGAGGAUGUGGAUAUGAAGAUCAACUUAAACGCACCUGUCCAGAAACAGAGGAUGUUCCCUGUUCCGCAAUCACUGUUAGAGGAACUACACAACCAAAUCAAGGACUUGCUACAUAAAGGUUUCAUCGUUCCAUCUAACGCUGAAUACGGCGCUCCAGUAUUGUUCGUUAAGAAGAAAACUGGUAACUGGCGUAUGUGUGUCGACUACCGCCAACUCAAUAAGUCUACCGUCAAGAACUCUUAUCCGCUUCCACGUAUCAACGAACUGCUCGACCGUACCAAGGCUGCUCACUGGCUAAGCAAGUUGGACUUGCUACAUGGUUACCACCAACUUCGCAUGAACCUACAAGACGCUGACAAGACCACUUUUCGUUGUCCAUUUGGUUCAUUCAAAUACACGGUUAUACCAUUCGGAUUAUCAAAUGCACCAGCGGUCUUCCAGUCUUUCAUGGAUUCUGUAUUUAAAUUGGAAGUAUUUCAAAAAUUAUUAUUAGUAUACUUAGACGAUUUAUUAAUUAUGACCAAUAAUUCUUCUAUUACCGAACACAUCGAUGGUAUCAAGCAUGUAUUCACAAUACUUAGAAAGAACAACUUACAUGUCAACUUAUCAAAAUGCACAUUCUUGGUUCGAUCUGUCGACUACCUUGGUCACAUGGUUGGUAAUGGCAAAAUAGACCCACUGCAGGACAAGAUCGAUUCUAUCAUCGCUUGGAAAGAGCCGAACAACAAAGACGAGCUACGUAGUUUCCUCGGUCUUGUUAACUACUACAAUAGAUUCAUUCCGAGGUUAGCCACUGUCCAAGCACCACUCACUUUCCUGCUUAGAAAGUUCGCUCCAUUCCACUGGUCUGAUGAUUGCCAACUUGCAUUCGAUACUAUCAAAUCAGCAAUUAAAGAGAAGCCAUCGUUGUUCCCACCAAAUUACGAUCUUCCGUUUAUAUUUGAAUGCGACGCUUCCGAUGUCGGUACCGGAUAUCGAUUGUUUCAAUUGGUAGACGGUAAAGAGAAUGUAAUCUGCUAUGGUUCCAAGAAAUUGAAAGAUUCGGAAACACGUUAUUCAACACUGGAAAAGGAACUAUUAGCCAUCGUUACUGCGUUGAAAGCCAACUACUAUCACAUCUUCGGCAGAGAUAUCGAGAUUCGUACUGACCAUAAGAACAUCACCUACAUCAACGAGGCCAACAAGAUCGGUAUCAACCAAACUAUUAAUCGCUGGAUCGCACACAUUAAUCUUUACCAACCAAAGAUCAAAUUCAUCAAAGGAAAGGACAAUACGAUCGCCGAUGGUUUGUCUAGGUACACAUUCAAUGUAUCCGUAUCACUUAGUCAUCCAACGAUCGCCAAUGACAUCAUCGACGGUUACCGCAUAGAGGACAACUCCAAUCUUAGUAACAGAAUCACUGAUUACACGACAAUCAACGGUCUCCGAUACACCCACGACGGUAAGAUUAUAGUACCUAGAGUCAUGUCAAUAGUCAAUAAUUUACUAUAUCAAGCCCACGAUUCUGAAUUCGGUUGUCAUAGGUCGGCCUCCAAAACUCUCCAUUCUAUAUCCGAACUAUACGUAUGGCCGAACAUGGCGGCAGAUAUCAGGAAGUACUGUGAUGACUGUAUCGUCUGUCGACGUGCCAGCGACCAUGCACGAAAAAGAAUUGGCCACCUGAUUCCAUUGCCCAUUCCAGUCAAAUGCUUCCAACGUAUUAACAUCGACUUCAUCCCAAAUCUACCAGUCGAGGAGUACAUGGGUAGGAAGGUUGACGCUAUAAUGGUCGUCGUCGAUGCCUUAUCUAAAAUGACCAGACUGAUUCCUUUAGGUUCGGACUAUACCAGUAAAGAGGUGAUUGAUCUGUUUCAUAAAGAGAUCUUUAAACUCCAUGGUAUCCCGAUUGAAAUUGUUUCUGAUAACGAUUCUAAAUUGACCUCUAAGUUAUUCAAGCAGUUGACGAAAGCGUACGGUAUUCACCACUCCACAUCGGCCGUAUCCAAUCAACAAGCCAACGGACAAGCUGAAAGAAUCAUUCGUGCAGUCAAGAAUGCAACUAGAAAGCUUAUGGUUGAUGACCGUCUCCACAAUACUACUGGUUCCUGGUCUAAGCACAUCGAUACUGUCGAGUUUUCAUUGAAUUCUACUGUUCAUUCUACUACCGAGUACACACCGUUCAAGAUCUAUUUGGGGCACAAUCCGUUAACACCACUCAACCUCGUCAAAGAAUCGGAUGCUCUGGUCGACGUCACUGAUAAGCAAAUCAUCGAAUCUAUUAAGGAAAGGAAAGCAAUCAUUAAGUUAGUCAAACGAAACAUCUGUAUUGGAAAUCAAGAAAUGAGAUUUACAUGGAACAAAGGUAAAAAAGAAAACCAAAUCAAGGUAGGUGAUUACGUUUUCUACAAUAAUAAUAGAGAUGGUAAGAAAAAGAAAUUGGAUGUGAGGUAUGAAGGACCGCGAAAAGUAGUGGAAGUCGAUAAUUAUAAUAAUAUAUUCAUAGAUGUGAUUGGAAAAGAUGGAAUAAGCACAAAGAAGAAGAAGUUUAAUUCGAAACACAUAAUGUUAUACGAUCCAAAGAUGAACGAUAAUUUAAUUAAUGAUGUCGACGACUUAUUAGUCGAAAACGGUGCUACGGCGGAGACCGAUCGGGGUAGUACCGUUGGCGAUAGUUCAGACGACUAUGACGAUAGUCCGAGGCCUAUACGCCGUCACACACGGAGGGGGCUGAAAAAUGUCGAAAGUAGAGUAGACAUAAAUGUCGAACGUAGUGUUGACAAGGAUGACAUGGAGGAUAAUGAAUUAAAUGACGAUGAUGAUAGCGACUACGAUGAUAAUGAAAAUAAUAACAAUAACAACUACAAUAACAAUAACAAUAACGACGACAUGGAUGUCGAUGACGAUGAUAGCGAUAACUUACUUAUUAAUAAUAAUAAUAACUCUAAUAACUCUAAUAAUAAUAACAAUAAUAAUAAUAAUAAUUUAAAUAUCGAUUAUUUUAAAUUUAUUUCGAAUGAUUCAAAAUUUCAUCAAAACAUCACCGCACGUGGAACUUUAUCAAAUAAUUUAUCAAAAUCAAUUUUGCGAAAUGUCGAAAAUAAUUUUAACGAACUACGUAACGAAGUGGACAAAUUCGAUCAUAAUUUAAAAUGCAAUCUUAACAAAUCAGAAAUAAUAGCGACAAAAAACAUUAUAUCAUACAUCAACAGCGACGACUUCAUACCAAACACUCCUUCUAUUAUUAUUGCAGAUGAUGUAAAGGUUCUAGCAUACACCAAGUGGAGAAAGGAUAUUGUUGCCAUCCUCGCCAAGCGCAAGUUCACUCUUGGUACUUCCAAAUUAGCUCGUGUCGAAUAUUUGGUUAAGGUUGGAAGAGCUCUCGCUUGGGUACCGUUACCUGGUAAUACUCUGGCGACUAAGUUUAGCUCUGCUCAUUCAGUUCCAGAUUCUACAGACGGAUGA